CGAACCGCCAUGCCACCAGCGUCGGCCUCCUCUGCUACCACGACCUCCUUACACCAGCGACUAUACUGUCCUAUAUCUGGUCCCAACUCAGAAUUGAUCACUGUGCAAUUGAUAGAGGAGAAACCUAAGAAGAUAGAAGAGCCUCAGUUAGGAUGUAUGGAAUGGCUCUGGGGUCUCCCUCGUGGGGGGCUGUCGUACUAUCUUUCGUCGCAGCAGAACAGGAUCUACUUUCGUGAGGACAUUGCGGAACUCUACGCUGGUGCUGAGUUCACUCUCGCACCUACGUUCAAGCUCUAUUGCGAUAUCAUGGACUUCAUCAAGCAUGCUGGCGUCGUCGAUCGUGAUGAAGAGGACGACUGCCCUCGCCGCCCUCUGACUGCGCUCUGCCCACCUUCUGGUCGGUAUCGCUACGUAUUUAUCCCCUUCACGGAGGCGGCUCGCAAGCUACAGUCCGAGUUUAAGAUGCAACCACAAACGGAGGACGACAUGAACGGGGGCGUACAUCCUAUCGAGAAUAAAGCCCUAUAUCCCGGCAGCGACCAAUUUCCCAUAGUGGAGUCCCAUGCCCACCCAUUCUCAAUCUGCGACUUUGCUAACAUAGCAUUCGAGCACCGUCAUUUCGGAGGACGAAUUCCCUCGCAGUGGGCAAUAUGCGCCCACUUCGUACUAUGUCAAUGGCAGAAUCCCAAGUUCACCGUCCCGCAGUGGUUCCUCGAUGCGCCAAAGAAGGACGUGGGGGACUAUUCCAUCGAUGGUUCGGAGAAGUCCGGCUACAGUCUCUGCUCGUUGCUCAAUUCCCUCCAACGCGCGCCCGGGGACCUGGAUGAGAUACUCAAAGUCAGCGAGGUGCAUUAUCCCGACCUCCGCGAGAAGGUUCUCGAGUGGUUCGAGCGGAACAAGCAGCCCUCGAAGCUGCGGCGCUCGAGACGAAUAGCAGAGCGCAUGGCGCGGGCGUCCUCGUAUGGAUCCACCGUGAAGUCGUCCUCGCAUGAUUUGUUCGGUUUGCCCCCCUCGCCCCCACGCCGCCGUCACCGCAAGACAUCCCCGCCAGCGCGCGCAUACGAUGUCAACAAGGAGCGCGCGAUCCCCGAAUGGGUGCAGCAGAACGGCCGCUUCCCGACGCGGGAGUUCUCGAGCAACGAUUGGGCGUUCUUCUACUAUUCGACGUCGCUCGUGGGCCGAUUACCGGAUCGUCAAAGUGGCUCCUGAGGCCG